AUGCAGGCUUUUGUCCCGAAAAAUAGGAGGAUAAACGACAUCAACAAUGUUCCCUUGAGCAAUGGCGUUACGUAUGUGCGAUGGCGCCUACCGUCAGGAGUCUCAGCAGAGCAUCAGGGUCACACAGAAAAGGCGACUCUCAGUGACCAUCGUGCAUACUGGAAUUAUGAAAAGGUCCUCCAUGUGAGGCUCACUAUCGACAGGGCAUCCACACUCCAGGACUGCGAAAUAUUCUUCGAAAUCAUUCAAGAGUUCCACUCUUCAAUAGAGAAGAAUGUGCUUGGAAAAAUCAAGCUCAACCUUGCUGAAUAUGUGGAUAAGGUUGAAGAGGAUGAAGGUGUCGUUAGAAGAUACCUUAUGUUCGACAGCAAGGUCAAUAGUACCGUUAAGAUUGGGAUUGCGAUGCACCAAACGGAAGGAGAUCGAGGCUUCACUACGCCAAAUCUGAAAUCGGCCACCGUCUUUGGAGGAAUUGCGGGCGUGGUUCAUUCUUCCGAGCCAAUAGACUCGGAUGAGAUCGGCCAGAUGCCCUCGAUCAACACACAAAGCAGAGAGACUGCCGACAUGCAAGACCUAUAUCGAAGAACCCUAGCGGCCUCGUGGACGUCUCGAUCAUGCGACUUGCCUGCCGAUAAACUAGUUGAGGAGCUGUUCUCAGGCAGCUCCUGUUGGAACAACGACGCCCACAACACUGUCAAUGGAAGCUACGUGGGGCCCGACCAUCGGGAUAACUUUUUGGACCCUGAAGCUGGGGCCCGACAGUCACGCUCCGGCAAGAGAUUGUCGCCUAGCCUAUCACCCGGAUUUGAGAGGCGACCGAAGAGCACCUCAAGUAACCACUCCCGCAGCAGCUCGAAAACGCCAGACUCUCGAUCUACACUGGGCAAUGCUCAAAAGGGCGGCAGUCUUGAACAACAAUUUUAUGAUGGGGCAAAGGGCCGUGGUGGGAAGGGACGACAUGCUGAGCAUGAGCUGUGCGAAUUCGAUGUGCGAGAUGAUCUUCGAAGUUGGGAGGUUGUCUCUAAUAGCGAGAACAAGGCCCGCGAGGUUUAUGAAAGUAUCAAGCAGUGGACCUGUAAAUCUGGUCGCCUUGACAAACUAUACGCCUUCUCCUACCAACCGCCUCCUCCGGAGAAGGAACUCAACGGGUGGGAUUUGUAUGACCCGCGCAAGGAGUGGGAACGGCAAGGAAUCCACAAGGAAAACUCCGGAUGGCGCCUAUCCGAAGUCAAUACCAACUACGAGGUACGUGGUACAGUUGGCAUGGGCCAGGCGAAGAAGAUGACUCCACAUUACUUACUCAGAUCGUCGAUAGUUCUCCCCAACGUACCCAGCACUGAUCCCGGUGCCCUCGGCCAUUUCCGACAACACCAUCAACUAUGCAGGACGCUAUCUAUUCAGGAUGAAAAGUUACUGGCUGCCAUUUUCUCGACCUCUCGUUCGGAGCGCCCGUUGGCUGGCUUCGCUCAGGCAAGCAUAGAGAGGGAAGCAUCUGACUCCAGCCAGGAAAGCACGGAGACUUCACAAAGUGACCGGGACAUGUCCAAUGCUGAGGAAAUAGAGGAUGAUAUGCUAGCUGCUACCCAGGGAGACCCCGAAGAGCAGCGUGCGGUAUACGGCGCUCAGCAGUCGAAUCUCAUUGUGGAUGCGCGUCCGACGGUGAAUGCAUUUGCUAUGCAAGCAGUUGGACUUGGCUCGGAGAACAUGGACAACUACAAAUUUGCUACGAAGGCAUACCUAGGGAUCGACAACAUCCAUGUUAUGCGCGAUUCCUUGAAUAAAGUCAUCGAUGCACUAAAAGAGACGGAUGUCACUCCUCUGGGACCGAAUCGGGAUCUGUUAGCACGAAGCGGGUGGUUGAAACAUAUCGCCGGGAUUUUGGAUGGAGCUGGGUUGAUUACCCGGCAGGUUGGCCUGACACAUUCCCACGUUCUCAUUCACUGCUCUGAUGGCUGGGACCGGACCAGUCAGCUCAGUGCCUUGAGUCAAAUCUGCCUGGACCCGUACUUUCGCACCAUGGAGGGCUUCAUGGUUCUCGUGGAGAAAGAUUGGCUGUCGUUUGGCCACAUGUUCCGACAUCGAUCUGGCCAUUUGAAUAGUGAGAAAUGGUUCCAGAUUGAGAACGAACGUAUCGGGGGAGAUGCCAAUCGUGGAUUUGGAGAAAGUGGUGGCGCAGGAAAGGCAAUUGAGAAUGCGUUCCUCAGUGCCAAGGGCUUCUUUGGUCGGGAUAACAACAGCCGCGACUCUUUACAAGACUCGGAUGGGGAGCUCCAGAGCUAUGACUCCGACAGCCCUGCUGCCAAAAAGCCCAGCUCGUCUCCUCGUUCUGCUGUUUCCGAAAAGGAGAUGACGAAGGUGAAGGAGACGAGCCCUGUAUUCCACCAGUUCCUGGAUGCCACCUACCAGCUUCUUUACCAGUAUCCCACCCGCUUCGAAUUCAACGAGCGCUUCCUCCGACGCCUUCUCUACCAUCUCUAUGCGUGCCAGUUCGGAACAUUCCUCUUCAACAAUGAGAAAGAACGGGUGGAUACCCAGGCUCGGGAGCGAACUCGGAGUGUAUGGGAUUAUUUCCUUGCCCGCCGGGAGCAGUUUACUAACCCGCAAUACGACCCCGAGGUGGACGAUCAUAAGCGGGGGAAGGAGCGGUUGAUCUUCCCCCGAGCCAGCGAGACUCGAUGGUGGAACGAAUCAUUUGGUCGAGCGGAUUCGGAGAUGAAUGGGCCUCGACCGUCGGAAUCCUCUCCAGGAUCAGGACGUGAGAGUCCCAGUGAGAACCGUGCGCCUAUUGUGACAGGCGUGGAGACCGCACAGCAGUCCUUUAUGCCUAGUGCAGCAGCAUCUGGAAUCGCGGCUGUGACAUCUGGGAUCUCCAAUCUUGCGGCAUUGAAAAAUGAGUCUCCUGAAAAGGAAGCGAGCAAACCUAAGCCGAUGGAGGUGGAAAUGCAAUAA